AUGUAUAUAAAACUUGCAGUACUUAAUAUUGUAUCAGUUGAGGAAUUAAUCAACGUUAAGAUGUUUCUUCUAGCAGUGAUUAGUUUGUUUGCAAUCACUACCGCUUCAUCAGACUUGGAGGUUUCGUCUUCACCGGAACCACAAGUUUUUAUAGUUCUAGAACCACAACUACUUACAAACGUGCCAAAUUCUGAUGUCCCUGGAAAAGAUAUUAUUCAAUCCCAUGAUGACAGUAUAAAAAAUGAAGAAGAAAAAGUUAUUGUUCUUCCAUCUGUUCCCAAUGCUCCAGAACUACCACCUCUAGAUGAAGCAAUUGCGGAAAUGUUAUCGAGAAUACAAUUAUCAAGAAAAAAAACUGAAGAUAAGUCCGAAAACGAUAAAGAGUCUAAAAUUAUAAUUAGAUCGAAAGCACCGCAAAUAAGAUUCCCAAGUGGUUAUCUUACAGUAAGUGACUUAUCUGGACCUGAUGUCAUUUUAAAAGUU